CGCCAAUGGCAAAUUACGUAAUUACGCCAAAAGCCAUAGGUGUGUUUUGCUGGACUUAAAUCUCAGCCAUGUCGCUUCUAUGCGUGCGAGUGAAAAAAGCCAAGCUUCAAGGACCUCAAGACAAGUUUAAUGUGUAUGUCACACUGAAAGUCCAGAAUGUUAAGAGUACGACCAUCACCGUGCGAGGAGACCAGCCCUGCUGGGAGCAAGACUUCAUGUUUGAAAUUAAUCGUCUGGAUCUGGGUCUGGUUGUGGAAGUGUGGAAUAAAGGACUCAUCUGGGACACUUUGAUCGGAACUGCAUGGAUCCCGCUUAACACUAUCCACCAAUCAGAUGAGGAAGGGUCUGGAGAAUGGACCUCACUCGAUUCAGAGGUUUUAAUGAAGGAAGAUGAGAUCUACGGCACUAAAAACCCCACACCUCACCAAGUGCUGCUGGACACACGCUUUGAGCUCCCUUUUGAUAUUCCCGAAGAGGAGGCCCAGUAUUGGACCAAAAAGCUUGACCGCAUCAACACUAUGAGGAUACAUGAUGAGUAUUCACCACAAGAUGAAGGACAGAGAGGACAGCUACCCUCAGUGCCCUCCCAAUGCUGCAAUUGGACUUACUUUGGAUGGAGUGAUCGGCAGACUUUCGAUGAUCAUGACAGUGCUGUGGAUGACAGAGACAGUGAUUACCGCAGUGAGACACACAGCAGGCCUCCACGAUACCACACCACAGCCCAACCCAAUUCCUCACUCCAUCAGUACCCUAUUGGCCGGAGAUUACAGCAUCAGGUGGUAUCCAAAGACUUGAAGACAGAGUCUUUCCAGGGUUAUGACUUGGAUAACAGGGAACAGAGCCCGGUUGACAGUUCUCGAUUUGGGUCUUCUGGAAACCUUAGUCAAGCCAGUUCUCAGUUCAGCUCUGAGCCUGAAGAACAAAACUUUUCAGACACACAAGUCAGGCCUGCUACUGUUACUCAACCCCUUCCACAUUCAGAUCAAACCGAGAAGGGGGAAAGAGAGAUACUGAAAACUGUGGAGAAAGAAGUAAAAGUGGAGAAAGAAGUAGAAGAGGUGGAUGUGCCUAAGCCACCUCUUAAUAGAGGGGAAAAGCCAGAGAGACAGCAAAGUUUCUAUGAUUGCCCACCUCCUUUCUCUCCAUCUCGCCUGCGCUGGUUGAAGGCCAUCAAUAAAGUCAGAGUUAAGCUGCAUGAGAAUAUCAAUGGAGAACACAACAAACAUCCAGUGGCCAAACCUGGUGGAGGAGGAUUAUUUGGCAUUGACAGCAUGCCUGAUCUUAGAAAGAAAAAGCCAAUACCAUUGGUUAGCGAAGUGUCUCUGGUGCGGUCCAGGAAGGCAGGGAUCUCGCAAGCAUUGUCUGUUCGCUCUUCACUGAAAGAUGAAGAAUUGAAGAAUCAUGUGUACAAGAAGACCCUGCAGGCUCUCAUUUACCCUAUUUCUUGCACAACACCCCAUAACUUUGAAGUGUGGACGGCCACCACUCCCACCUACUGCUACGAGUGUGAGGGCUUGCUGUGGGGUAUUGCACGACAGGGCAUGCGCUGCUCGGAGUGUGGGGUCAAAUGCCACGAAAAAUGCCAGGAGCUUCUCAACGCCGACUGUUUACAACGAGCUGCGGAAAAAAGCUCCAAAACAGGGGCAGAAGACAGAACGCAGCAUAUCAUCUCGGCUAUGAAAGACCGCAUGAAGAUCAGAGAGAGAAAUAAACCAGAGAUCUUUGAGUUCAUAAGGAUUGUGUUUCAUAUGACCAAAUUGAACCACGCUCAGCAGAUGAAGGGCAUUAAACAGACUGUGCUUGAUGGAACGUCCAAAUGGUCUGCUAAGAUCUCCAUCAUGGUGGUGAGCGCUCAGGGCCUGCAGGCUAAAGACAGAACAGGUUCCAGUGAUCCGUAUGUGACGGUUCAGGUUGGAAAGACUAAAAAGAGAACCAAAACCAUCUAUGGUAACCUUAACCCUGUGUGGGAGGAGACGUUCAACUUUGAGUGCCACAAUUCAUCUGACCGCAUUAAACUGCGUGUUUGGGAUGAAGAUGAUGAUAUAAAGUCUCGGGUGAAGCAACGUCUGAAGAGGGAAUCCGAUGACUUUUUAGGUCAGAGCAUCAUUGAGGUCCGAACGCUUAGUGGGGAAAUGGAUGUCUGGUACAAUCUCGAAAAACGCACAGACAAGUCGGCGGUAUCAGGGGCCAUUAGACUGCAGAUAAGUGUAGAAAUCAAAGGGGAAGAGAAAGUGGCCCCAUAUCAUAUUCAGUACACCUGCUUGCAUGAGAAUAUCUUUCAUUAUUUGACUGACAUUGAAGGUCAGGGUUCAGUAAAGCUGCCGGGGGCACGUGGAGAUGAUGCCUGGAAGGUCUACUUUGAUGAGAUUCCUCAAGAUAUUGCAGAUGAGUUUGCGAUGCGCUACGGGAUAGAAUCCAUUUAUCAGGCCAUGACACAUUUUGCAUGCCUGUCUUCUAAGUACAUGCUGUCCGGGGUACCUGCGGUGAUGAGCAUGCUCCUGGCCAACAUUAACGCAUUCUACGCUCACCCUACCUCAGUCACCAGCGGCUCAGCCUGUGACCGCUUCACCGCCUCCAACUUUGGGAAAGAUCGGUUUGUUAGACUGCUGGAUCAGAUUCAUAACUCCCUCCGCAUUGACUUGUCAACAUACAGAAAUAAUUUCCCAGCAAGCAGUAAGCCUCGCUUGUCGGAUCUCAAAUCCACAGUGGAUUUACUGACUAGCAUAGCAUUUUUCAGACUGAAGGUGCUGGAACUACAGUCUCCCCCACGUGCAGCGCACGUUGUCAAGGAUUGUGUGAAAGCUUGCCUCAAUUCCACGUAUGAGUACAUCUUUAACAACUGCCAAGAGCUGUACAACAGACAGUUUCAGCCGGCGGUGGAACCUCAAAAACCAGAAGAAAAGAAAGAAGACAGCGAUGAAGAAGAGGAAAAGAAAGCAGAAGUGGACAACGCCACUACAGAGGAACCAGGACCAAGUGUGCAGAACCUGGACUUCUGGCCCAAACUCAUCACCUUAAUAGUGUCCAUCAUUGAAGAAGACAAAAACUCCUACAGCCCUAUAAUAAAUCAGUUUCCUCAGGAGCUGGACGUGGGGAAAGUCAGUGCUGAGGUCAUGUGGACCCUCUUUUCUCAGGAUAUGAAGUAUGCACUGGAAGAACACGAGAAGCUCAGGUUGUGCAAAAGUGCCGACUACAUGAAUCUGCACUUCAAAGUCAAGUGGCUCUACAAUGAGUACGUCCGUGACCUGUCCGCCUUCUCGGACGCCGUCCCAGAGUACCCAUCGUGGUUUCUGCCAUUUGUUCUGCAGUGGCUGGCUGAGAAUGAGGAAGUGUCAAUGGAGUUUAUGCAUGGAGCUCUUGAGAGAGAUAAAAGAGAGGGGUUCCAGCAGACGUCUGAGCACGCUCUGUUCUCCAGCUCGGUCGUGGACAUCUUCACUCAACUCAACCAGAGCUUUGAGAUCAUCAAGAAACUUGACUGCCCUGAUCCUGGCGUCGUCGCCCAAUACAACCGGCGCUUUGCCAAGACCAUCACCAAAGUGCUCCUGCAGUAUUGUGCUAUUCUAACCAAGAGCUACCUUUCCUACUGUGAGAAAGAGAAAACUCCCUGUGUGUUAUUGAAUAACAUUCAGCAGAUGCGUGUGAUGUUGGAGAAGAUGUUUGAGUCUAUGGGGGCCAGGCAGCUUGACACAGAAGCUGCAGAUAUCCUCAAUGACCUGCAAGGGAAGCUCAAUUCUGCCCUGGACAACCUGAGCGCCAUGUUUGCCAAAAGUUUCCAGGCUCGUAUAAACGUGUGCAUGCGACAGAUGGCAGAGAUCAUGUACCAGAUUAAAGGUCCUCUGAAUCAGAACAGCCGGAACACAGCAGAGGCUGAUGCAGACAACGCACUGCGGCCGCUUAUGGAGUUCCUUGAUGCAAACCUCAGCAUCUUUGCAGACAUAUGUGAGAAGACUGUGUUGAAGCGUGUACUGAAGGACCUGUGGAGGAACGUUUUAAUCUGCAUGGAGAAAACCAUCGUGUUGCCUCACAGCAGCGACAGUAUCGGAGCUCAACUUCUUACUGCUGCUAAAGAGCUCUCUAAACUAAAGGCAGGGGUGGAGCCGAAGAGCUUGUCACCGAGGCAAUGCGGGAUCAUGGAGGCGGCGCUGGACGCAAUCAAGCUGUUUUUCCAUGCUGGUGGGAACGGUUUAAAGAAAGUCUAUCUGGAGAAUAGCCCUGAGCUGUCAUCCCUGCGGUACGCUCUUUCCCUCUACACGCAGACUACGGAUGCUCUUAUCAAGGCAUUCGUGACAACACAACAUGCUCAGGUUCAAAAUGGCAUGGGCAUCAGAAUCACCCCCAAAGAGAGCGUUCGACCUGACAGAGGCUCUGGGGUUGAGCGGCCAAUAGGAGAGACUGUGAUUCAGCUUGAUAUGUCGCCCCCUGCUGGAAACACUGAGCAGAAACUUGCAGUGAGAGUGAUUGCUGUGAAUGACAUGAAAUGGCAGACGUCAGGUAUGUUUCGACCAUUCGCUGAGGUUAACUUGAUCGGCCCACAGCUGACAGAAAAGAAACGGAAGUUCACAACCAAAUCUAAAAACAACAGCUGGACAGCGAAAUACAACGAGGCGUUUCAAUUUGUGUUGGGCAAAGGUGUGAGUCUGGACUGCUAUGAGGUUCAGAUAACGGUCAAGGAUUACUGUUUCGGUCGGGUGGACCGGGUGGUGGGGAUUGCUGUCUUGCAGCUGCGUGACGUUGCGGACCGGAAAAGCUGUGUGUGCUGGUGUCCCCUGGGCCCACGGAUAAACAUGGACGAAACCGGGACCACGGCACUACGAAUCCUCUCCCAGCGCUCGGCUGAUGAGGUCGCCAAAGACUUCGUCAGACUUAAAUCAGAGACCCGACCCGUGGAGGAGGGGAGGUGAAGAUGAGAAAACAAACCUGUUCAGUCGAUCAUAGAGAUAAAACAGAACAAGAUAGAGAAGAGACUUUGAUAAAACGAAACUGCGACUAGUGAACGAUAAGGACACACAUUUUUUUAAUUGUGGACAUUUAUUGAAAUCCUUAAUAGAGGCAAAACUGUUUAACUGACUUUGCAUCAGUGCGUACUGUAUGUGCUCUGAAUCGCUAUAAAUUGUAAGAAUUUAACAGAGUUUGUUUAAAAUACAUUCAAAGGCUUUACAAUGACAUUGCGGAAACUUGCAUGUGCAAGAUGCAUUUCUAAUAUAUGACGAUACAAGAGUUGUUUUGCCAAAGCACACAAGUCUUGUGGCUCAUUCCACACCGUCCCUUUUGUCCUUCUGAGUGGGAGGAGUCUUCAUGAAAGGGGGUGUGGUCUAACAAGAAUUAUUCACAUUAUUUUCGUGACAGUACAACCGUUGAUUGUCUAAGAAAACAGCUGUAACAGCGAUUUAACAUUAAUGCAAGCAUGUGAACGCAAUGUGGAUGUCGAUUGAUAUGCCGCUUGUUUGCAUUAAGUGGCAUUCUGGUGUCCAUGUUAACAUACGGAUGGAAACAUCUUAAUAUGAUUCUCAUUUUUAAGGUGUUGUUGAAAUACCUGAAUGAUAUUUCACUUUCAACGGCCUUUUCAUUUCAAUUUAGAACAACUCUGUUUACAAAUGGCCAGAAAUAUGUAAAAAGUGUACAGCUGCAGGAUAGACCAACCAGUAGUGCCAGCCAAUGAGAAGGGAAGUAUGAAACUUUGUUUACCUUGUGCCAAGUAGUUUUAUGGUCUCUUUUUGGGAUGUAAAGGUUAUGUUGUUUUUGUUUUUUUAUAUAUGCACAGCCCAACAGAUGCACACAUUCUGUAAAAUAGAUUCCCACAUGCACGUGUUUACUGUAAACUCUAACGCUUUUGGUCAAAAGUUUUAUGUUUUGUCAAUAUGUGAAAAACGAUUGAUGUAUAUGAGAUAACUUGGAUGGAUAUUAAGAAUUUAUUUAUAAAUGAUUUAUCAAUGUAUCUUACUGUGAUUGUUGUAUUAAUUACAGUCUUAGG